GGGGAAGCGGAGGAAGAAUGGGAUUGGCAUCGGUCUUGGAGGAUUAGAAGCCGGGAACAAUGGCGAUAUGACGGACGAGCAGAAGAAGCAGAAACAGAGGGAUCAGAAUAGGAAAGCGGCUGAGAAGAGUAGGCGGAAGAAGAGGAAGGAAGUGUGAGUGUAUACCGUACAGCGACGUGAACAAUGGCUGACAGGGUCGUCGUGCAUCGUUGCCAUGUUCGUUUUCUGCCCUUUGCAAAUUGUCCUACAUCUGCCCUCCUUGAUCAUGCUCCUGCCACUGAAUGCUUUUUCCGCCUCCGCCACACCAGUGACGCGCUCGAGAUGGAAGUGGACAGUCUGCAAGAUGAGAACGCCCAACUACGUGCUCGAUUAGCCUCUCUUCAAGCAUCUCGUACAGCCUCCUCCGACAUUAUCCCGCCGCCGCCAUCCGCAUCAUCCGUACUCAAGCCAUCCUCCGUUACGCAAGACGGCACAUUGAUCGAUUAUGGGUAUCUUGAGAAAAUACAGACCGAGCUCAGAUCUUUUCGUAAUCAACUCAUGGAGAAGGAAGAUACCUUGUCGCGAUUACGUGGAGAACAAGCGGUCUCUCCUGACAUGUGGGCACAACGCGAAGCCUUACUAGGGGACUAUACGACCUUGAAAACGCUACAAGCUGAAGCUGCGGGACUGGAAUCUCUGGUGACGAUACUCGAUAAGGAGAAGGACGAGAUCAUCAAGCAGACGGAAAUCAUCCAUCGAGAGCUAGUGGCUCGGGGUAUCGGCGCAGGACAUGGCGUUCAAAACACGCGCGUUCAGAUUGAGGAUGUGGAUGAGGAAGAGGACAUCCUUCAGGAGCAAGAAGAAGAAGAAGAAGAAGAGGAGGAGGAGGAGGAACCCGUGGAAGAGAACGGUCAAGUUGUACAAAAAGCCCUUGCGGACAUAAGAGGAUGGGUAGAUGCUGCGGUCAGGGAUUGGGCCGAGGUGAGUGGGGCCAGUUUAUCCAGGACCAGGUGAAGUCUGAUCACCUGGGUGGGCAGCGAAAGGUAUGAGAAAUCUGAAUCGCUGACUUUGCAUCCAGACAGAGACGCAUGAA